CAGUCGUCUCGCGGUAUCUGACACGGUGUGCCCGCCCGUUGCACGCGUACGUGUGUGGUGUGUCUCCGCGAUUCACGUGCCCACCGACAAAAAGUUCGUGAAAAACGACACAGAGACAACGUCCAUCGCACGUUGUCCGUAUAUCGUUGCACGACCGCCGUCGAGCGAUCGAUCGCGAUUACGCCUCCCCCCCUCCCCCCUCAAAUAUUCACUCACCUCCCCACUGCACCCCCCCGAAAUAUUUUUACCAUUUGAUCACCCGCAGGCACUAUGUGGUCCACCAAGGCGGACAAACACGUGGACUCGUACCUUAUAGCGGUUUUCUUGUUUUGACCCUCUUGCUGCGUUAUUAGAAAAGUUUUGACGUUCGUGCAGUCGUAUUCGCGGCAUUGUUUUCCCGCCCGCUGUCGUCGUUGUUUUCGAAUCAAAUUUCCGACCAGCGAUCCCGGAAGCGUCGUCGGCACACGUAUAUGCACGUGCAGAUCUCCGAACAGUUACCGUAACAUCUGUAGUGUGCAUAAAUGUGAGCCUAAAUUACGGGAGCUGGUCCUAUCUUCGGAGAAAUGCGGCCCUAUACCUACACAGUCGCAGUGGACUCGUGGACCUCGAGGACUUUGUUGCUGGUCUUCGCAGUGGUCGCCGUCGGCAGUUCUGACGUGCAAAAGGAUGGACCGGAGCCAGAGUUUUUGAAUCCCAUGGAAAAUGUCACCGUCGCUUUGGGGCGGGAAGCGAUUUUGGUGUGUUCGGUGAAAAACAUCGGAGAACACAAAGUUGGCUGGCUAAAAGCAGAAGAUCAGACCAUACUAAGUUUACACGAACGUGUGGUUACCGAAAACCGAAGGAUAGACAUAGAUGUGGAUAACAACACAUAUUGGAGACUCAAGAUUCGGCAGCUACAAAGAUCCGACAAAGGAUGUUAUAUGUGUCAGAUUAACACGCAUGUUAUGAAGAAACAAAUUGGUUGUGUAGACGUGAAAGUUCCGCCGGACAUCAAAGACGAAGAAACCAUAUCUGAUAUCACUGUAAAUGAAGGUGAAAACGCUACAUUGGCGUGCAAGGCCAAAGGCAAUCCACUACCGAGAAUUACUUGGAAGCGAGAGGAUGGUCAUAAAAUAACUAUAAAAAACAAAUCGAAAAAAACAUUAAUGGAUAGGGUACGUGGAGAACCGCUGUUGCUCAACAAAGUAGACCGCAGUCAGAUGGGACAUUAUUUGUGCAUAGCGUCCAACGAUGUACCGCCGGCUGUUAGCAAGAGGAUCACGUUAAAUGUUAACUUUUCUCCAGUAGUCUGGGUAACGAAUCAAAUAGUAAGUGCACCACUUGAAACACACGUGCGACUGGAGUGUUUUGUAGAAUCGUUUCCCAAUUCCGUCAAUUAUUGGUCCAAUGAAAAAGGAGACAUGAUUCUUCAAGGGCCAAAGUACUAUAUGGAAGAAGUUAAAACCAACUACAAAGUAAAUAUGUAUCUGAAUAUUCAAAAUUUGGAAACAGAUGAUCUGGGAGCGUACAUAUGUUUGGCGACAAAUUCUAUGGGACACGCGAAUAGUUCAGUACGAGUACACAAGAUAAUAUUGCCGACGACUACCGUAGCGCCAACUACAUCCACGACAACCGCCGCCACCACUACCACAACCACAACGACGUUACCGUCUACAACAAGAUUGGUCACUACCUCGACAGUGAUACCGUCACCAGCAACAAAAUGGAAGAGCCAUACAAUAUCUGGUGACCGGAAAUCUGGAGGCAAAAUGGACGACAAGACCGGUCUGCGGAUGAACGGCGUCGAGUCGGCUGGUGAGAUGGAGACGAAAAGCAGCAGCCACCGGGCAAGUCGCGGUUCGAGCCGGGUCCGCCGGUCAACGGUCAGCCAAUCGGUGAGCAUCGCGGCUGAGCUGGCGUUUCUGGCCGCCGCCACUGCCAGCUGGUCGACAGGCUGUCCAGUGGACGCCGCCAUAGGUGGACUCGUGUCGCUGGCGCUUGCCGUUUCGCCGCCACUGAUCCUGUGGCUCCUGAACUGAAACCGCUAGGAGGCCUACACAACUACUGAUGCCACUACAGCCGCACACAAGUGGCGUGUGUUGAGACGAAAUCCGAAAUCGAACUUCGAAACAUUACGUUGUUUUAAUCAUGUUUUUAUUUUUCUCCACCAUCCCCUUAACCAUAGAAGAAUACCGCGUAUUACGCCACUGGCCACCAAACCGACGUCACCACAUUACCGUGAACGCUGAGUGCCUAACGGCCGUGGUAUAUGUGGUCACUGACUGCCCACCCGCCAAUCCGCUACCAAUAAUAAUGAUACUAAUUAAAUUUCAUUACGGUUGCGUAUGCGGUUGAAAACCAAAAUCACGUGAUCACUGAUAAGUACAUACACAAAACAUAACCUGGGUUGCCGUCAAACGUGAUCGAAUCGUCACCUCAGUACCGUUUCCGUUUGAUGAGCACGUUUUUAUUAUCCACAUAAAAUCCGUUGGCUAUUUUAAUUUGUGCUGUAAUAACUGCAACCAUUAUUCAGUUGUUCGAUUCGAAAUGUUUACAACCACAUUACCGUUUGACAUGAAGUUAACAUUUAUAAGCCUUGAAUAAUAAAUUAAGAAGUCACUUAUAUUUAUUCGGUUGAUUUCAAACGAAUUCACAUGUCAUUUUUUUUUUUUGAAAGUUGGACGUUCAAUUGAAAUAUCAUCGAAUAGAAAAAUGGUUAUAACGUAUAACGUCAUCUUUGCUCGUUCGUUACGGACUUCUAAUAUGUUAUCCAUCGGAUCGUAUCAAAACUGAAACCUUGUCAACGUUUUACCGGUAUAGAAACUAAUUCAAUAAGUUGGAAAACUUGUUAAUCGCGAUAUCCGUCGAACAAACUUUUUCUGGUAAUUGGAACGAUUGAAAUUUUUAAGUGACCCACUACUACACACCUGUUAUUUUUGUUUUGUAUGUUUCAUCAUAUUUUCUGACUAAUUGUAAUGAUCCGAUAUUAACCUUUCACAAAACUAAGAAAAACUUACUCGCAAUAAAAUUCCUGUAACGAUUGAGAAUAAAAUUGCUCAAACGUAAUCGUAAAAAAUGUCCAAUUUACGACACGGUUUUUUUUUUGUGUUUAUAUCGAGUUACAUAAUAUUUUGUUUCAUAAUUACACCGAAUUUUAUUGAAUUCGUUUGACAUUCCAUGAAAAACAUUUUUACUGAAAAUCUUAAAUGUUCAUUAAUGUUUUUUCCCAUAUCUUAGAGAAUCAUCAAAUAUUUUAUUUGUUAUUGUUUUUAAUUUUGAUAAUGUACAAAAAUAUUAAGUUAAGAACUGUACCAUGUGUAAAUACCAUAUCAAUGUUAUACCUGUAUUGUAUUAUUUAGCCGGAAGUUUAUUAAUAAUAAUUACUAUACGUGAA